CGAAACUCAAAGCAGUAAGGCGCGUGUACUCACUGUUUUCAAAUUUCAAAAAGGCGCUUUCUUCUUUCUUCUCUCUGUCUCUCCACAUUCGGCCCCUUCAACACCACUGCAUUCUCGCCUCAGGUGAAAAAACGUUAGAGGUGUUUGUUUCACUUUUCAGCUCCAAAUUGCAUUACAGUAAAUACUCUUUCUUCUUCUGAUCAGGGAAGGUUUUUGAGUACUACAAUCAAUGGCAAAUGAAAAUGGCACAACUAGUUACGAGGAGGUCCGAAGGCAGAGGGUUCUGGACAAUAAGAAACGAUUCGAGGAUCUGGGUAUUUUGAGUAUAUCUAAAAACCUUUCUGAUCUUGCAAAGUCUGAGAAGAAGUCCGACAAGAAAUACGAGGUAACCCGAGUUAGACAAAAAGCAAACGAUGUUUACAUGUUGGAGCCAAGAAGGUCUGGACGGGAUAGAAAUCCUGUUCCAUCAUACCGCGAUGAUAUUGAUAUGGAACUUCCAUCUUUUCGGAACAGAUCAAGAUUGAGUUCCUCAUGGGCAAGUUAUCUAGCAAGACCAUUGGAAGAAGUAAAAAUGGCUUCAUGUCAAGCAAGAGCGCAAGCUAUCAAAAGUGCAGAAAAGCUCCAGAGCAAUCUACAGUCUGCAAAUCCAUCUUUUAUCAAGUCUAUGGUCCGAUCUCACGUCUACAGUUGUUUCUGGCUGGGACUUCCUACUAGAUUUUGUGAAGACCAUCUUCCCAAAUCCACCGUAAAUGUUCUGUUAGUGGAUGAGGAAGGUUCAGAGUAUGAAGCUCUCUUUAUUGGCAAAAGAACUGGACUAAGCGGAGGAUGGAGAGCAUUUGCGCUAGAUCAUAAGCUGGAUGAUGGGGAUGCUCUAGUAUUUGAAUUGGUUGAGGCAACAAAAUUCAAGGUGUACAUAGUUCGAACAUCCCAUUGUUCAAGUAGAGAGGAUAAAUCUGGUGCGGAAAAAGGAGAGAAUGAAGCUGAAGAAACAUCAAAGAGUGUGACAAAGAAAAGAAAGAAAAGUAGCAAGCAAUCAGAAGUUCCAACGGUAGCUAAAGAAGAGAUUUCUGUGGCGGCUUCAGCCACGAGGCGCAGUACUAGAAGAAAGUAAAUCAUGUAAAGAAGCAUCAUUUUGUAGGCAUGUCAAAAAUUAAACCUUUGUUGGGGUAAGCAUAUGAAGUUUACUGAAACAAUAUGCAGGACAUGUUCAAAUUUUCGGUGGUAAAUUGCAUUUACCACAAACUAAUUAGACACCUGCCCUGAAAACUCUUGAUGUUGGCACCAAUGGUAUGUAAAUGUAACUCGCUGUUCAAACAACUAUUCGGAGUUCCUAGAGCCUCCUCGUAAGGCUUACGAAAGAAAUACAACUGCAGCUCUUUUGCACAAA